AUGCAGAUUUACAACGAAGUGACCGAAGAAGCUACGGAGGAAGCGCCUGGACCGCUCCGACCAGCCGCCAAGAAGAUGACGACCUACGCUGGUCGCAGUCGCCGUGCUAUGACGGAGGACGUUCACCCACAGCCGCUGCCCUUCUCCAGCAGAACGGACGAUGACGAGGCGAUGCAGAAAGCACGGAGCAGUCCGAUCCUCGCUUCUGUCCACACACCGCUCUUCCCUACGGUUCGUCAUGCCAAACCAGCGACACGCAAGUCUCAAUCCAAAUCGACAUCAGCAUCUGCGACUCUGCGAGAGCCAGAACAACUGAUUCUCGAUCUCGGACAGCGCAUCCGUAUCCGAUGCAACGAUUGCGAUAUGCAGUACGACACUUCAUCGGCUGAAGACUGUACGUUGCAUGCACGACACCACGAGAGAACGGUCAAAGGACUUGAUUGGAGUGCCAAAGCGCUGAACACGUGCAGUGAGAUGGUGGCACAGCUCAACUUCACACGACGCAACCUCGUUCGCGGCAAGUCGGUACUGCGCGGAAAGCAGAACGGCGGCGGAGGAAGCGAGACAUCUGAUCAGUCGGAGUCGGUUGAAAUCCGAUGCUAUGAUAUGGCGACGCUCAAGGACAGCGUUGCGACGCUCAAGGUCAACGAGCUCUUGCAGACUGUUGAUGAUGCCUUGGGCGCGGCAUCGGUGGACAUUGCGGAGAUUCAGGGAUGCAAGGUUUUGGUAGCUGUAUGCUCAGGCCGGGCAGCAGGAGCUGCUGUGGUCGGACGAGUGCCAGUAGGUCAAGCCAGAGAAGUUCUGGCGUCAAAAAGCAAUAAGGAAAAUGAAGGCGGUGUUGAUACCCUUGACACGGAGGCUACCAAAGUCAAGGUAGGUACGGUGUGGAAUGAUGCGGAAGACGCCAUCUUCGUCUCCGACGCCUUGCCAUCGUCCAAGACACCGCCCGUGGGCGUUUUCCGCAUCCAUGUCAUUCCCACUUGGCGACGCACAGGAUUGGCAAGCGCAAUGCUAGAGGCAGCAGCAGACAACAGUGUCUAUGGGUUUGACUUGGCAGGACUGGUCAACAUGUACGGCAGCAGAGCAAGGUCGGUUGCAUUUAGCCAACCUACAGAAGCAGGAAGGAAGCUGGCGGAAGCUUGGAUUCGGAAGGACGGAACGUCAGCGAGCACUUCUUCAGCUCGACUGGUCGUGUUUGAAGCUUGA